AUGCGUCGGACGUCCCGCGCGCGCGCGCUCGCGGCGGUGACGCUGGCGCUCUGCGUCCGCGCGUGCGCGGCGACCCCGACGCGCGUGACGUGCGAUCGUCGCGGGAGCUAUAGCUUGGAGGACUUGGCGACGACGGGACAAAUCAUGAAUGAAACGCCCGUGACGGUGACGAACGCGAUCGCGCUCGGCGCCGGGUUCGGGGCGACGUACGGGGCGAACGCGGUGGUGACGCUCGAGCUGAAGAAUCUCAAGAGCGGGGGGGCGUUCGUGCACGCGACGGCGGGACGCCUGGGGGGGGACGGGCUGGCUGCGUGGACGGCGCGGACGGAUUGCGCGACGACGUCGUUGUACCACAAGUCGUACGGCAUGGCGGCGUCGUACGGGGGGGUGACGUGGACGGCGCCGAGUGAUGUCUCGAAUCUGCCCACGGUGGAGAUCUUGGUCGCGUCCGCGAGCGGGCAAGGUGCGGUGACGCGGCAGACGCUCACGCUGACUCGAGACGACAACUGGGUCGCGCCGCCGCCGUCGACGCCGACGUGCGAUGCGUCGGCGGUGCCGACGAACGGCGCCAGCGCCGGUGAUUGUACGGCCACGCUCGCGGCGGGCGCCACGUGCCAGCCGGUGUGUGCCAGCGGGUACACCGUCUCCGGGACGAGCGCGUGCAGCUCGAGCGGCGUACUGACGCCGGCGACGUGCACCGCGACGCCGGAUCCGACGUCGACGCCGACGUGCGAUGCGUCGGCAGUACCGACGAACGGUGCCAGUGCCGGUGAUUGCACGGCCACGCUCGCGGCGGGCGCCACGUGCCAGCCGGUGUGUGCCAGCGGGUACACCGUCUCCGGGACGAGCGCGUGCAGCUCGAGCGGCGUACUGACGCCGGCGACGUGCACCGCGACGCCGAAUCCGACACCAGGGGGCGGAUAUGGAUCGUCUGGAUCAUCAUCCAGCGCCGCGAGUCGCACCGUCACGCUCUCGGCGUCGCUGGCGUUCGCCACCAUCCUCGGCGGCGCGCUCGCGUGA